UCUCUGCACCACACAAAGCUCGAAAACAGCCCGUGACUUCCAAGGGAAACAACUUAGUCUAAGUCACGGAUCCAAGAUAAAGCAACAUGGCCAAACCCACAUUUUCUCUUCUCUCCUCCUCCUCCUUUUUCUUAACGUUCUCUCUCCUCGCUUGCCACGUGGCAUCCGCCGCCGGAGGUGGACGGUGGCAGCUCCUCCAAAGCAGCAUCGGGAUCUCCGCCAUGCACAUGCAGCUCCUCCGCAACGAUCGUGUCGUGAUCUUCGACCGUACGGACUUUGGUCCCUCCAACAUUUCGUUGCCUGCCGGAAAAUGCAUCGAUUCACCAGACGACCCCGUUUCGAAGGUUGACUGCACCGCCCAUUCCGUCGAGUAUGACGUCACCUCCAACCGGUUCCGUACACUCACCGUUCAGUCCGAUACUUGGUGCUCUUCCGGCUCCGUUAUACCGAACGGGACGUUGGUUCAGACAGGAGGGGACAAAGACGGAGAACGACGGGUCAGAUUGUUCUCUCCGUGCGGUUCCAACGGCUGUGAUUGGUCGGAGAUCGAUGACGGAUUGGCCGUAAGGAGAUGGUACGCAACCAAUCACAUUUUGCCAGAUGGCAGACAGAUAAUCAUCGGCGGUCGGAGGCAGUGGAACUUCGAGUAUUACCCAAAAACGGCCGAAGCUCCAAAUGUCUAUAGCUUACCGUUCUUGGUUCAGACAAAUGACCGAGGAAGUGAGAACAAUCUAUACCCUAAUGUUUUCCUCAACGUAGAUGGAAAUUUGUUCGUCUUCGCGAAUAACCGAGCGAUAUUGCUCGAUUAUUCCAAGAACAUUGUGAUCAGGACAUACCCGACGGUCCCGGGAGGUGACCCGAGAUCUUACCCGAGCACUGGCUCGGCAGUUCUCCUACCGUUGAAGAAUCUAGAAGCUUCUAAUGUCGAGGCCGAGGUUUUGGUCUGUGGAGGUGCACCAAGAGGUGCAUUCGAACAAGCGCUGAAAGAGAGAACAUUCGUAAAAGCACUCGACACAUGUGCAAGAAUCAAGAUAACAGAUCAAAACCCUAAAUGGGUAAUGGAGACGAUGCCUCAAGCAAGAGUUAUGGGAGAUAUGAUCCUUCUUCCCAAUGGAAAUGUUCUGCUCAUCAAUGGAGGUUCUUCGGGAACCGCGGGGUGGGAGCUUGGUCGUGAACCGGUUCUUUCUCCGGAUCUCUACCGACCCGACAAUCCGUUCGGGUCGAGAUUCGAAACUCAAAACCCUAACUCUAUCCCGAGAAUGUACCAUUCAACCGCCAUUCUUCUUCGUGAUGGAAGAGUUCUUGUCGGAGGAAGCAACCCGCAUACUUACUAUAACUUCACCAACGUGCUUUUUCGGACAGAACUAAGCUUAGAAGCUUUCUCUCCAUCGUAUCUCGACUCCGAAUCCUCGAAUCUUCGCCCGAAGAUAAUAUCUCCCAAAUCACAGUCCAGGAUCAAGUACAACACGCAGUUGAAAUUAGUAUUCACCAUUUCGGAAGCGGUUACUAAUCCAGUGAAAGUUACCAUGGUUUACCCAUCUUUCAACACGCAUUCCUUCUCAAUGAAUCAGAGGCUUCUAAUUUUGGAUAACGUCAUGUUCACAAGAAGUGGUGAAUCGGCCACGUAUGAAGUUGAGGUUAAAACGCCGAGAUCGGCCAACCUUGCACCGUCCGGUUACUACAUGAUGUUCGUGGUGAAUCAAGAUAUACCUAGCGAUGGUAUAUGGGUACAUUUACUAUGAUAAUAUACUUAUUACAUUAUGUUAUCUCUGUUUCUUUAUUUAUUUUUCUUAUUUUUCAAUUUGAUUUUGAAUUUUUUUUGAAUGUUUUGUAGUCAUUUUAUUUAAUGGUUAAUUGGGAUGAACAUAUUUCGUGGUGAA